AUGCACGAAGCCGCCCUGGCGGCAGUGAAUCUCAGCCGACAAGAAAAUGCACAUCAGAAGGACAGCGGUCCCGACGCAGCCCGCGUCGCAGCCCAGGAUGCCUUUGAAUCAUUUCCGGAAGUCAGCAGCCAGCCCCCCGUGGAAGCCUCCAGGCCCAAGCCCAAAGCCGCAGCGGUGAAGACGUCGAGCGUCUGGGACACCGACAGCAACAGCAUUCCAGCGCCCACCGAGCUCCUCUUCGACCCUCUGCCCGAGGUCGCCCGGAAGGAAGUGUAUGCCACCUUCGACAGGGAGCACGGCGGGCGACACGACUGGGACUUCGAUGGCGACGAAGCGAAAUUGAAAGACGAAGACGGAGUUGGACCCAGCGUGCUCGUCAGUGCGGAGACGGCGUCCACGGGAAUCCUGCGAUGGUGCAUCAAGAGCCAGGGAGGCGACGAUCGCUUGAUCAUCGGCAUCAUCCCUGCGGAGGAAGCGGAAAAGGACAUGUUCCUGUACCGGAAGGGCGGCUACCACAUCAAGUACCGGAAGCGCGGCUACGGCAUCAAGUCUCUAGCGUCCGGUUGUGAUCAUCCCGAGUUUGACAUCUACAAGAAGUACAUCGAGGUGAUCGCAGACCUGGACACUCGAGUGGCCAAG